GUGGGUUUGAGAUUGGGAUUUGAUGGGUAUGGAAGAAGGAGGCAAUGCAAAUGGAACAAAGGUGAGGGCUUUGAUAGAGAAAGCAACAAACUCCACCGCACCGGAGAUCGAUCCCCGCCUCCUCAAGGCCAUCAAGACGGUGGUCCGCUAUUCCGAUUCGGAGCUCCGCCACGCUAUCCAAACCCUUAUGGAUCUCAUGAAGCGUGACCACUCUCAGGUUAGGUACCUUGCACUUCUAAUAAUUGAUGAACUCUUCAUGCGUUCAAAGCUUUUUAGGACCCUUCUUGUUGAGAACUUGGACCAGUUACUGAGUUUGAGUGUCGGGUUCAGGCGUAAUCUACCACUGCCUGCUCCACCAGCUGUUGCAUCUGUUUUGCGUUCAAAGGCCAUUGAAUUCUUGGAAAAGUGGAACGUGUCUUUUGGGGUUCAUUAUAGACAGCUCAGAUUAGGUUAUGAUUACCUAAAGAAUAUUCUUAGGCUUCAAUUUCCUAACAUACAAGCUAAUGUGGAGCGGAUUCAACGAGAGAGGAGGGAAAAGGAGAGGAGGUCAAAAGAGAUUUUAUUGAACAAGUAUGAAUAUUUGAAAGAGAAUUCAACUUCAAUAAAGGGAGGAAUACUGUCUGCGAUGGAUGAGAUCAAUGAGUGUUUGGACAUUUUGCAUUCAAAAGAGGAGCUUGUGUCGGAUGAUAUCCUAGAUGAAGAAGAACUCAUUGAAUUUCGUUCUUUGGAGAUGCAGCAGAUUCGUCUUGAAGCAUUGAAAGAAGGGGAGAAAGUUUACGAGAACAGCGAUAACAAGGUAGUUUUUGAUGCAUUGAGAGAGCUAUACAAACUUCUGAUCACAAAGCAUUUGGCUUCCAUCCAAGAGUGGAUUUCUGUUCUUGUAAGAGUUGAAGUAGCAGACAAUAGAUUCAGAGAUUCCACUUUGAAGGAGUUCAUUGAUAUCCGAAAUUGUCUGAAGUCUGUAAAAAACAAAUGCGAAGAGGCAGGUUGUUCUCUUCUAAACACAUCAAAACUUGAAGAGGAAGAAGAUUUUUGGGAGGAGGGUAAUGUGGCAGCUAUUGAAAUCUCGUCUAGUGCACCCAAUAAUAAAAACAAACAUCUUGACAUGGCAUCGACUUCCCAUAAAAUGAAUAACGAUAAUCUUGGUUCAUACUUUGAAGAGUCUAAUGGCUCUGAUACUGACAGCCUACUUCAUGGAGUAAAUAAAGUUGAGUCAAACCCUCUCAGGAGUAAACUUAUAGCUGAAGCUCCUGUUGUAAGAUGGGGUUCUCACUUGGAAAAUUGGGAUUCAAACAGGGUUUUUAUGGCUAACCAACGGGGCUUGGAGCUUGAAAGUCACUGGGGUAGGGUGGAGGAUGAUGCAGUUAUUCCAGCAGAUAAAAUUGCUGAAUUGAAUGUUCAGGCAAUGCCUUAUGAAGAAAAGCAAAUUGAGAUCCAACCAUGCCGCGCUCCUUUGAGGAAAGGGGGACUCUGUCAGAGAAGAGAUCUGAAAGUUUGCCCAUUCCAUGGACCUAUCAUUCAUCGAGAUGAUGAAGGGAAGCCACUCAAUCAGAGCCCUUCAGAAGACAUGAAUACGGAUUUAGGGACUGAUUUAAUAGAGCAGUUAGCAAAACAGGCGGUUAAGAAUGUUCGUGAAAAAGACAAAGAGGUAGCAAAUAAGAGAGAAAUUGAUAAACAGUCAUUGAGACGUGCAAAACUUGCUAAAAUUCGGGAACACAAUGAAGCAGUUUUACGGGAUGCUGCUUUGGCUUCAACUUCUAAAUCAGCAGCUCUUGGAGAAGAUGUGGAGGUAACUAAUGAAGAUAAACUGUCUGCCAGAGACAAGAAGCAAAGUCUUGCAUCCAUGCUGCGGAAGAAAGUAACAUCAAAAGAUAGAAUAGCUCAGAAGCUUUUGAGUUCACGGGCAAGGGAUACCGCAGGUAGGCAGCAAGUGUCAUCUGAGGAUGACAAAUACCGAGAAGCCUUCCCAAAUCAAUGGUAAACUGGUAUAGUCUUUUUUAGCUGUCUGAUUACUCUGAAGUCUGAAUCAAACUCCAGAAUAAACUGUAUUUUGGGUAAAGCCGUGCCUGUUGGUCAUGAGGCCUAUUAGUUGGGCAAACCUUGCACAAGGCCCUUGACUUUCCGAGAGUGGGGAUAAGAGUUGAUUGUAUAUACUUUUACUUUUAUAUUUUUAGAGAGAGUUUCAGUGGCGGAAUCACGUUGGCUCCAACCAAGAUCAAGACUUUGGCUAAUUUUAAAAAAUUAGCUACGUUUCAGACAUAGCUAAUUUAAUAAUUGGCACCAGCUAAAUUUUUUUUUGGCCCUGACUCAUUAAUCUUGCUGGCUCCGGCACUGAAGAGGUUAUUUAUGGAUUUGAACCAACAAAUGAGUAACUUUACCACUAUUUCAAGGCUCACCCUCUUCACUAGGCGAUUUAAUUGAAUUGAGGGAAAAAAAACUACUUAUGUACUCAUUUGUUUUUCUGUAUUCUUAAUUUUUCUUGGGCAGACAUAAGCGCCAGCUGACCCCUAAGGACGAAGGGAAGUAGUUGUGUGCAUUGUUGUGAAAAACUAGUGUAAAAACUUACGUUUUUACGUUUUUAUU